AUGCUGUGUACGGAUCAGAAGCUGUAUCCGACUUCAGCUGCUUCGGACUUUGGUCAAGCUCCGGGCUUCCUAUUAUGGAGCAGUAGUCACAUGCGUUUGAAGGUUUGGCCAGGUAUGCAAGUGGAUAAUACACUUAUGCUGACGAGAACACUCCCUUUCGAAUGGUAUGGGAGACCGAAAGCUUUAUACAUUCAACGAUGUAUGUACAAUCAAUGCCCGAUCGUCUCCAUAACUACAUGUAGAUCCACGCUACCAAAACUUUACGACAUCACUCAUUGCAUCGUCGGCGCGAAUGGUAUACCAGAAGCGGCACCAUUGAUCUUGGAUAUCUUUCUGAUCAGGCUCUAUUUCGACAUCCUCAGGCUUCUCCAUGGUCUCGAUCUUGGCGUUCCUAUUCUCUUUGCCCUAUGGGUAUCGAUUCAUAUCAUCGCCAUAUUCUGGGCCUCUAACAGCCGAUCAAUGGGCGGUAUAGGGAGCGUCUUCAAGAAUCAUAGCAUUCUGCCAAAGGCGUGCGAACUCCCAUUCAGCCAUAUUGCGCUCGAUAUCCGGCGCCACCUCGACACUCAUGUCUUCGUAGGUCUUUGGGUCCUCACGAGAUGA